AUGAGGAAGGUUACUGCGAAUCGGGACAAGAUGCCCACUAGGCCCUGCAUCCAGAGAGCGCCAUGGCUCGGUCUCACGUCCCUGAUCGGCAUGGUGGCAUGUAUGGUGGCCUCUGCUAUUGUGGUCUCGGUCUCACACGACCAAGUCGUUGCGUCCUGGACCAUCCCACCCGCCGUCUUUGUCGCCGUGUUCUCCCUCACGUCCAGCAUCGCAUCCAGCGCUGCUCUGGGAGCGGGCAUCGCCGUCCGCUUUUGGCGUGGUGCUUCCAGCGGAACCCGGAUCUCUCAGCUCCACUACAUCUGGAAUCACGGCCGCGGGUUCAACCUCUUCCCCGCCCUCCGCGCCGGCUCCAGGGCCAGAGCCGUUGCACUGCUAGUAUCGCUCUCUUACGUGAUGCAGUUUGCAGCCACGCCCCUCCUGCAACGGUCAACAUUUCAGACCACCCAAGACCGUGUCAGCUUCGAGUCGCUGUCACUCGACCUGGCCAGCCGUAUUCCUGACGGGUGGUUCGGCGACGUCUACGACGGGGAGCUUGCCGAGUUCAAACACGGCCUUUUCGAGAUCCAGCAGUGGUGGCGCAGCGAGCCCAUGGUCACAAAUGUCGAGGGGGGGCAUACCUGCGCCGACAGCACAUGCUACGGCCACGUCCGGGGCGCGGGCUUCAGCUACCAAUGCUGGACCACGCAGCAGACUCUGCAGCUGGACACCGAGACGACCAACAACGCGACCGUCUUCUUGGUCGACACAGCCAUCAACGACAACGCCACUCUGCGCUUGACAUCCAAGUACGUCUCGGCCGUCGACAGCAACUGCAAGUCCAUCAUCCAAGUCGAAACAUGCGACCUCGCCGCCGCGACCGCCGAGUACCCCAUCGCCAUCCAAAACUCGACCAUCUCACUACGACGAGACGAGCUCAUGACCAUGCCCGUCACAUCAUCGUACGCAUCCCCAGGAGACGCACCCGGUGCGCCCUCCGGCUCAGGAGCCGGCCCACUAGUCAGCCUGGUGGAGUUCGCCAUCACCCGGCUCACCGACAACGCCACUAAGACCUUCAGCCCGGAGAUGAACAUGUCCAGCUACCGCGGACCAGGCGCCCUCGCUGACAUAUUCCUUGCCUCGCCCGACGCCCUCCCCCGGAACGAGCGGUGCCGCCUCCAGUGGUCCCGCCCAACCGAGUACGUGCUGGCGUCCAUGUACGACUUCAUGUUCCGAUGCGCGCUGCACGCGGGGAGCGACAUCUCCGAGGCGCAGAAUUUCACGGCUCGGCGGACGGUGCCCACGGCAGUGUUCCAGGCCGACGCGCGGUACCUGGCUGGUGCGCUGGCUGCCAUGGCGUGCGGGCUGGUCCUCGUCGCGGCGCUGCUGUGGAACUUCUGGCUGCUGGGCAGAAACGUCACGCUGAGCCCGCUGGAGAUUGCCUCGGGGUUUGGCGCGCCUGUCCUGCGGGAUGUGAUCGGCCGAGGUGGCGGGGACGCGACUAUUGACGAGAUACUGGCCAAGGGGGGAAAGGGGGCAGAUGGGAGCGUCUUAGUGGCCGAGAAUCCUAUGGUUCUUAAUUCGUCAGACCAGCGAUUGGCCUAA